AAGUUGCAAGGAUCUUUGGAGGUUGCAUAUGGGCAGUUUAAUGAAGCAGAGAAUUCAGAAGUGUUUGAAGAGUUCUUUGAAUGGAAGAAUGCUAGGCUGGAGAAAUUCAGUCGGGUUAGGAAUGCUACAGAUGCUUCCUUACAAAAUCUUGUAUUAAGUUUCAGCAAGAUAAUUCAGUUUUUUGACCUAGGGUCAGCAAUAUUAAUGAAAUCCGAGGAUGUAGAUUUCAAUGUAGAUGAAGUUCUUAAGAAUGCCGAGCAUGAUAUUUCACAAGAAUUUGACAUGUUUCUAACAGAGUUAGAUGAGAAAGAUAAAAAAAUCAUCUUAAAUAUGUAUAGUUUGGUUAUGUGGAAGAUCCUUCAAGAACAAGAUCUCAUAAAUACAUUGAAUCAAAAAUAUCUUGAAAGUUGUGAGUUCAAAAACCAGAUUGUGGAGUGGCUAGAUAUAACUCCUAAUACUGAUGAUUUGUUACUGAUAAAGAAGAGAAUGAAAAACAUGAAGGCUAAGCUGAGGUUGAAAUUAGGAGAAAGAAAUAACUUGGAAGAAACUGAUAAUUACAGCAAGUCUGAAAUGGUGGAAAUAAAAAAAGAAAUCAGUGUACUACAGGAUAAUAUAUUUCAAGACAUAUAUAAGGAACAAGAAGAAUAUGAAAAGCUAAUUCAUCUAGUUCAAAACAUUUUCCCUGAGCUGCCAUUCCUUCAUCCUGAAAUAGGAAUUUUGAAGUAUAUGAACUCAGGAGGUCUGAUUGUCAGUUUAGAAUUUGAUCUCUUAAAUGCUGAGCCAAUGAAGGAACUGAGCAUAAAACGUCCAGUGAUGUGCUCCACAGUUCAAGGACAAAAGAUUCUCCUGAAGGGAUAUAUUAUGGAUAUGAAUAUUGAAACCAAAAUAAUGGAAAGAGCAGCAAAAUAUCAUAAAGUUUGGAAAGAAUUAAGGGAGAAAUCUUGUUUAAUGCAACCAAUGUUCCUGUUUUUAUGCAAGCUUCAUCCUAUAGUAUAUCUAAUGAUUCCAUAUUAUGCGGGAGCAAACCUGGGGGCACUGCAGAUGACAGCACCUUUAAAUGUACAAGAAACAUUAAAGGUAAUGAAAGGAGUGGCAUGUGGUCUGAGUGUACUACACAAAGCUGAUAUAAUUCAUGGAUUGUUGCAUAAAAACAAUGUCUUUGCAUUGAACCGAGAAGAGGGAAUUGUUGGAGAUUUUGAUUUCACCAAAUCUGAGAGUGAGCGCGCUUUGUCAGAUUCUAUGACACUGAAUGGCUUGAGCUUAAUUUCCCCUGAGCUAAGAAAGGGUCAGCCACCUUCUCCAGCUUCAGAUAUGUAUGCUUUUGGUUGUCUGCUUUACUGGCUACUUAUUGGAAAGGAAGAAAUCAAAACAAACAUAGAUGGAACUCCUCAAGUUGAUGCCCUUGCUAUGGAUGAUAAAGUUAAAGCUUUACUUUCACAACUCCUUUGCUAUGAAAAUCGGAUGACUGCAGAACAGGUGUCGAAUGCUGACUUCUUCUUGUCACCUGACCUGAUUUCAGUUCCACUGGAAAGUGAGGGCACUGAAUAUGUCAAUGGAGAACAGAGUUCAGAAAAUGAGGUGUCUGAUGAAAGGCUGAAUAACAAGAGUGAACCUUCACCAGAGAAAGAUUCUGAUGGAUUCCCUAAGUGGGAUCUGGCCAAGGCCCUCGACUUCCUCACUGAACCACCAUUUGAACCUUUGAAGUCUUCCUCACUGCAGCAUCUAACGCUGAAGGUGGUCUUAGUCGCCAUCGCCUCACUUCCAAAGCACGGAGAUAAGAUGCUGAGUCUUCCGGCAGUUGCCGUUCUGGGAGUACACUCUAUGAUUGUACGUUCUGGGAAUAUGCUCUGCCGGCAGCAAGCCCACAACCAUAGAGGGUACUCCCAGGCUCAUGGGAGCUGGAGGGCGAUGAACAAGCGCUACUGCAGCUUGGCGAUACCCCUAGUGGCUAGCUCUGGCUCUAUCUCGGAGGAGGAGGACCUGGCGGAACCUGACCUGUAUGAAGAUGAAGGAUUGGUUCCAGACAAACCUGCCUUUGCCGGCUUAUUCAAAUCUAUUAUGCAUAAGGCUAAGGUGAUCACUCACCAAGAAGUUUCCCCACUAGCUGACCAGGGGAUCACCGAUCCCUCUGAUCCCAGUGCGGGGCUGUUUGAUGAAAACAUUCAGACCCAGGAUUUGGUCCCAGACCCUAAAUUUUUCAAGGAUGUAGUGCAGCACCAGUGGGUGCAGCCAGAUACCUGGGAUACCCCAGGGGGCAAUGACAAGUGGCUUUAUGCCAUUGAACCCAGCCUGGGGGAUCUUCUCAAGCUACCUGUGAUAGAUGUCCCUGUUCUUACCUCCACGUCUGUUCUCCCACCUGAGCUGUUGGAGGGCCUUAAGGUGGAGGAUAAGCGAGCAGAGACUGCCUGCCACAAGACCCACCAGACUGUGGCAUGGGCUAUCAGGGCUUCCACUUUGGCUUCCUUUUUUAGCAGGGCCUCCAUUGCCUGGCUUCACCAGCUUCUCACUCUUUUGCCUCCAGGGGACGCCAUGCUGCAUCAAGAUGUUAACAAAAUAAUGGCCGCAGCCAAGUAUACCACAGAUGCGUCCCUCAAUGCGGCGAAAUUCACAUCCAGGGCCUAA